UAUCAGUACACUCGUGGCAACCUAACCAUUACGAAACGUAUAUUCUAUCAAAUAAGCCACACGGAGCGAAUAAACUAUUAUAUUUGUGUUGACCAAAUUCGAAACUCUCGUUAACCUCCAUACUAAAACUCUAGGAUUGGUGAGCGGGAAAAAACGCCACCUCCUGGAGAAAAAUAUUUAGGGAGAAAUUAACCUUAUCCCUCUCGCUUCGCCUCUUUCUCUCUGACUGUUCAGUGUUUUGUGCGCCACUGCACUGCAAACUUGACGGACGUAGGCUUCAUUAGGACUGUGGGACCGAUAUCAUAGCCUACCUUAUUGUUGGACUCGUGGGAAAUUCAUAACACUUUGGAGAUGAAGUAGUCAGAUUCAAAAACGAUUUUAGCGAUAUCGUAUUCUGUAAAAGGAAGGUAUCCUUUGUCCUUUAAAAGCGGUUGUAUAUUUAGACUAAUCCUGCUCUGUUCAGAACUCAAUUUUGAAAUUCAACUUUCUCAUAUUCAAUUUCCCAGUCUGGACUACCAGAAAUCAAGGUUUGAUUUGUGGAUUGUCUGGACCAGAACUCACCGUAGCUGUUUGAAGGACCACAAUGGCUGGGUACUCUAGAGACCUGGUUCAAUCCUUGCCUUGACAACACAGUUUACAAUUAAAUGUGAGAAAGACACAAACAUCACAUAACUCAGCACCAAUCAGGUGUUUCUGGACUUGUGGCGUAUUAAAUCAGACUUCAUCAGACAUCACCAUGCCUAUUCUCAAGCAGCUAACCUCGAACCAGUCCAAGCGUCGCUCCCGGGCUGACCUGACUGCGGAGAUGAUCAGCGCCCCUCUGGGGGACUUCAGACACACCAUGCAUGUGGGUCGUGGUGGGGACGCCUUCGGGGACACCUCUUUCCUAAGUACCCGGUCUGGGGAGCCCCCUAAAGAACAAGUUCCAGAGGUCCAGCAGAGCUCCCCUGGACCCAAACCAGGCCUGUUGUCCCGAACCUUCAGGAGCAGCAAGCGCUCCCAGUCGGUGAACCGCGGUGACAUGUACAAGAACAACUCGUUGGCGCCCCCCGGUGGCUCGCCAAACUUUGUGAAGAACGCCAUCUCCCUGCCCUACCUCAAUGACGAGGACGUGGUCAGGAUGGGCAGUGGUCAGCAGAUGCCCAAGAGCGUCUCCUCCAGCCCUCUGAAGAAGCUGCCCGAGGUCGAUGGAAUCAGCAAACCAGUCAACGGUGCCUCGGCCAUGGCGAUGCUGGAUCUGGAGUUUGACGAGCGUAACUUUGGAGAACUGACUGACCUGCCCCCAUCACAUCCUCGGGGUGGCGGGAUGAAGCACGCGGAGUCCAUCAUGUCAUUCCACAUUGACCUGGGACCCUCCAUGCUGGGGGACAUCCUCAGCGUCAUGGAAAAGAAGAGCUGGGAGGAAGACGACCUGGGGUAUGAGGAGGGGAAGGGCAGCGAGGGCCGCGGGUCACCCCCCUUUAGCCCUCCCACCACGGAGGAUGAGAUCGAGGACCAGGUGGAUCUACAGCCUCCAGUCAGGCCCCCACGCACCUAUCCUCAGCAGAAGGUCAUGGCCGACCCCCUCUACACCCCUCGCAGGAACUACCACCCCCACAGCCACCUGGACAGCUGCUCCGUGUCCUCCUCCGGCUCUGCCGCUCUUGAGGAGAAACCACUCCACCACCUGCAGGAGGGGGACACGGACAGCGCCAAGUAUAGCUCUCGGGGGGCUGGAGGGGAGGACGAUAAAGACUUCUCCUUCAUGGACGAGGAUGAUGAUGAGAUCAGGGUGUAAAACAGAACAGGGCUGUAAUGUCACCACCACAGAACGUGGUUAAUAAGGACACCAGAACGUGGUUUGUGAGGUCACCGAAGGAGACAAUUAUUUUUCAUGAGUUUUGAAGCUAUAAUAAGUCUGGGAGGGGUUGGGAGCACGAUAAAGACCGCACAAAUCCCUACAUAUGGAUCUAUCCUGAGAACCUCUAUACGGGGACAACCCUGUUCUGCUACACCUCCUGGAUCAGGAAUACCCAUACACCAUCUGUUAUUUAACCUUAUUUACUCCUGUGUGUGUGUGUUUGUGUGUGUCCGAUAGUUAAUGGAAACGAAAAUGCCUGUCCCAUGAGUCCAUUUCUCCAGCCCAUUACAGAAUUCCGUGUCGACCACUAACUCUCUCACUCACACACACACACUGCAACUCUGAGACACCAGUUAUUGGUUUGAGGGAUUAUUUUUGUUGAACUAUGAUCUGUCAUUAUGAUGAUCUAAUCCCACAGUUCCAAUAUGUCAUUAAAGUGUGUUUCUCCUUAUAAGGGGAUCAACCACUCAUAUCCACUCAUAUUCAACAUGAACCAUAACCCAGUCACGCCACCAUUGUCUUUCCAUUCAGAGGAUUUCCCUUCAUGGUUACCAUAGCUACAGUCCUGGCUACAGUACUAGCAUAUUCCUUAUAGCGCAUUAUUAGGUAAGGGAAAACCAACCAGCGGUCAUGACACUGAUUGUCACAUUCUUUGAAAGUGGACAUAUGGAGAUGACAGAGGUCACAGAGGUCGAAACAUGAACUGUUGAUCACCCAGAUGGAGGUGUAAUGCGUGAGGUGUAGAGUCAUGUGAGGUCACGGACUGAACUGUAUAUUUCCCACACUGCUUUGGAGAAAGGAAGUGAAAUGUAUCCCAGCAUUCUUUGGGGCAUUGAAUGGAUUGUAUGUGUGUGUUGAGUGAGGUGAGAUGCAGUUAAAAUAUUGGUUUUGUUAAUUUUCAAAGGGUAAAUAAAGGUGGCUUCUCCUAUGUUUACUACAUACAGAAUUGAUAAGUUGGUCUUCAGGUUCUUAAACAAUGGCACAACUUGGUUGUUCAUUAUUCCAACCAUUAGUCCGCUUUAUUGUCCUGUUCACUAGACAUACUCUAUACAGCCCAACACACUCUGAAGUCCUACAUGAUCAGUUAGCUUGUUUCAUUUGUUAUCUAAUAACUACUUCUAAUAAGGGGUAGAUCAUAUUGUGCACUGUUUUAAGUCACCAUGUUGAUUGGAGGAAUUUAGUUAAAGGUCGGAGUUUGGUGAUCUUUAGUUGUUCUAAAGCCUAAUGUACUAGCCUACUCAGUGAGCCAGCUUAAGCCUUAGCUUUGGAGUUGAUUAGGCUAGGUUUGGGUUUGGCCGUGAGUCCAUGGCACUUUAGCUUAGAUCAAUGGACUCAGUCAUAUAUCCCCUGCAAACACUGCCAAGGUGUAGCAACAUAGCUCACUCCCUAAAACACUAUUGUACAUAAAAAAUCUUUGUUAUGUUUCCAUGUAAAUGUUUUAAAUUAACUUGACUUAUUAUUAAAUACAAAAAAAUUAACAUUUUGAAAAUAAAUGGCCUUUUUGUAGAAGCUUUCAUGACCAGUAGUGCUUUUAUUGUACAAAUGUUUAGAAACAGAUGAAAACAAAUACAUAACUCACAGGAGCAGAGAUGGUGGUUGUGGACAAGAGUAGUGACCGUACAGUAGACUGUCAUAUCUAUGUGGUCAUCUCUUCCCCCGUACACACCCCAGGCUUGUAAGAUCAGGAGAAAGAGAGGAGUUUGAAGGGAGGAGGGUAUCAGUAAUAGGAGAACACUAGUUAUAAGUGACAAUAUUACGCUCCUCUCUCCAUUGUGCCACGCAGACCUGGCUACUGUAGGAGCAGAUUGAAUCAGCACACCCUCUGGCUUCCCCCCACCCUCUCAUUCAUAAACAUACUGUAGGAGCAGAUUGAAUCAGCACACCCUCUGGCCCCCCUCUCAUUCAUAAACAUACUGUAGGAGCAGAUUGAAUCAGCACACCCUCUGGCUUCCCUCUCAUUCAUAAACAUACUGUAAGGAGCAGAUUGAAUCAGCACACCCUCUGGCUUCCCUCUCAUUCAUAAACAUACUGUAGGAGCAGAUUGAAUCAGCACACCCUCUGCCUUCCCUC